AAUUUUUAGAAAAAUGUGUAUACAAAUUCUUAAGUAAAAUAUUUUUUGAAACAACUAUUAAAGUCGAAAUCCGUCUUUUAAAUUACCUUCAGUUACUUUUAUUUUUUUGAGUUUAAACCACAUAUUGCGCAUUUAAGUAUAACUAUCAUGGCCGAAGAAGAACAGCAACCAGUCGAAGGUCCGCAUAAAUCUCCGCUUGGUCUAUCCCCCGAAGAUUUUGCUCAUAGCGUACCUGUUCUUCUAUGGAAGCUAGGCAUAGCUUUGGGCUGUAAACGUCCCAUGUUGGAGCAUCACGUAGAAGUCGCCGCACCAGAAACCAAAAUUAACAUAAAUCUCAAUCAUUUCCGGCAACGAUUUAGGCAAUUGCAUUCCAUGGAGAAUGCGCAGGACCAGGUGCUAGAGGAGCAUCGGUAUAAGCUCUUUCUACAUCUCUAUAGGCUGCUUACGAGGCUAGAGCCAAAUGAAUCCAAACGUCGGCAAUUUCUUAUAUUUUGCUAUCACCUUUUUGAUACGAAAAAGCCGCAACAAGUGCAUCUGGAAGAAACGUUGCGAUACCAGGAACACAUCACCGAAUCCCUCAUCUCGGUUGCUCGAAAUGUAAUGCAUCUAAAUGAGGAGAAUUCGGAACGUCCUUCGGAAGUAAGAUCUAUCAAUAUUGAAAACUUUUUUCCUAUGCCCAAAAGGUCUUGCACUUCACAAAUAUUGAAAGUAGGGUUUGCCUCUGUGGUAUAUAAAGCAGCGCGAUUUUGCUGUAACUCAAAAGGUUUGCGUUGGGAUCAGGCAAGCUAUAAAAUAAGUUAUAUUCAGGCGAGGAAAGCGGCAAAUGCAACAAAUAUUAGGGAAGAACCGAAGCCGAACAAAGACGAUGAAAUGAAGGUAAUUUAUAUGUUAAAUUGGAAUAGGCCCGCCAAAUCAUGUUCAAGCAGUUCAGAGCUUAUGCUCUAUGAAGAUAUUGGAAUCCAGUUGAAAGAAUGCAAUUCGAAGAAUCGCGAAUCAAGAGCUGCUGAAAUAUGCGAAAAGAGAAGGAAUAUUAUCAAGGAGACGACUGAGGUAGGCUGUCAGUUUGUGGAACCGACACGAUCUGAACUACUAAAUAAAUCUCAGCAAACUGAACUACACCACACGCUGUCAGAUCGGGGUGUUCAAACAAGUCGAAGUGUAUUUUCCGAUAUCGCUACGAAUACUGAUGAUGAAUUGCUUCUGGUACAAAUCAAUCGUAUGGAAACACCGGAAAUAGAAACAAGUACAGGUGAAAUAUUUACCGAUAUCGAUUGGAAAAUAAAAGAAGAGCAAGCAAUAUCCACGAAAAUUAAGCCUGAAAUCGAUCGGUCUAGUGUAUAUCGCAAAUUCACAACUACGAAUAACCCUACCGGCUUCUGUAUGGAGCAAGUGAAGCCAUCUGUCUGGUGGGCAAAUCAGCGCUUAACCUCCCCUAUAGAUCAUUUCCUUUUGACGACAUCUGAAGAAAUGCUGUCACAGAUCGGUCAUACAAUAACAGAACAAGAACCGAUAGUCAGUAGUGCAACAAUGCACCAGGAAUCAAUAACUCCAAGAGUCAGUUCCAGCACUCACUUGGAGUUACGUAAUCAAUAUUCCUCAUAUUACCAUCAACAUUACAUUUUUACGGCAUCCGAAGAAAGUUUGGCAGAAAUUGAUCUUCCGAUAAUAGGGCAAGAACUGAUAACAGCUCGGUCGUUAGAGCAGCAAGAGUCGAAAGUUUCUGGAGUUUAUUCCAGCGUUCACGCAGAGGUAAGCAGUCCAUUCACAAGCAACUGGAAACAUAAAGCGCAGCCAAAUAUUGAACAAUCGAUAGCUCAACGGGAAUCGAUAUCUACAACACUUUUCACCGAAACUGAUCAGUACACACUUUCCAUUUCGGAGCAACCUACGCUUACAUCCUCUAAGGAAAUGUUGCCAGAGAUUGAUAAGUCGAUAACACAACAAAAACUGAUGCCCGAUGGAUCGAUAACACAGCAAGAAUCGAUAUCUUUAAGAGCUACGACUAGCGUUCUAUUAGAGCGCGUGCCCUCUCCCACUGGGUGGCAACAAGAUUUGCUGUCAGACCCUGUUCAGUCGACAAUCUCUGAAGAAGAUAUAACUGAAAAAGUUACUUCCGACUGCCCUUUAGAGGAAGUUAAUCAAGUUCGCGAACCUACCACAUGGCAACAUCCGCAGCAGACGAAAGACUUAUCAAUUAAUUACACAAUAAAUCAGCAAUCGAUGCCCGAUGGAUCGAUAAAACAGCAAGAAUCGAUGCCUUUAAGAGCUACUUCUAGCGUUCUAUUAGCGCGAUCUAAGCGCAUGUCCCCUCCAACUGGGUGGCAACCAGGAUUGCUGUCAGACCCGGUUCAGUCGAUAACCUCUGAAGAAGAUAUAACUGAAAAAGUUACUUUCGAUUGCCCUUUAGAGGAAGUUAAUCAAGUUCGCGAACCUACCACAUGGCAACAUCCGCAGCAGACGAAAGACUUAUCAAUUAAUUACACAAUAAAUCAGCAAUCGAUGCCCGAUGGAUCGAUAAAACAGCAAGAAUCGAUGCCUUUAAGAGCUACUUCUAGCGUUCUAUUAGCGCGAUCUAAGCGCGUGCCCCCUCCAGCUGGGUGGCAACCAGGAUUGCUGUCAGACCCUCUUCAGUCGAUAACCUCUGAAGAAGAUAUACCUGAACAAAAUACUUCCGACUGUCUUUUAGAGCUAGUUAAGCAAGUGCAUGAGCUAACCACAUGGCAGCAUCCGCAGCAGACGAAAGAGACGAUAAGCCUGCAAUCGAUGCCCGAUGAAACGAUAACACAGCAACAAUCGAUAACCAAGUGGCAGCACCAACGGCACGUUAUAGCCGCCUCUCGUUUCAUUGUAAAGCAAUUUCAAUGCAACCCCGCCUAUCAAUGCUCGCCCAUGCAGCGCGAUGCGCCCAAUUUCUUUGCGCAAUGGACACAAUUCCAUGAGAUUGUGGCGCCCCAAGCAAAAUGGAACCAAGCCAAUCGGAACCCCACGAUCGAUGUCGCUGCGAUCCGAAGACGCUUAAAAGCUUUUUUGCGUUGCAUGCGCAAGAAAUAUUCCUUCGAUCCGGAGCAGUGUGUGGCCGCGAUUGCCAAAUGCCAGCUGCAACAGCUGCUCACCGCCGACGAACUGCGGGAAUACGAGACGAUGCGCUGGCAGCAGCGGGAUCGUGGCACUGCCAGGGAACUGUCGCAUGAGGAGCGACUGCAGGAUGCGCUGCACGGCAUGCUGGGCUACGAGUGCCAGCAGCUGCGUUCCUCGGCUCUGGGUCCACGUCUGAUGUUGCGCUCGCCGCAUCAUCAGCGCAGCAUAAGCGAAUCCUAUCUGCUCCUGUCGCUGGCCGAGGUGGGCUACUACUACAGAUGCCUGCAGCAGCAGCAGAAGCAUCUGCAACAACUGGGCGAAUGUGGGCGCGCUUUGACGCCCUGUCUGCUGGCUGAAUUGCUCAACUAUUCCGAGUUUUAUAAACGGCAAAAAGUGCAGCCCAAGAGUCUUCUGCAUUUAUUCUGGCACACGAGAAGCUAUCGACAGCGCUUCCAGUGGCUAUUGCAGCUCUGCGGCGGCUUGAGCAGGCGACAGCCAUUGCUGCAGUAUUUGCAAUUGCAGCUGGGCCAGGCCAACGCCGCCUGCGAUAUGCUGCUGCAGUUGUGGCUGCGUUGCGCCGCCGAGCCGCUGCUGGCCCGGAUUAGUAGCUGGCUGCUGCGUGGCGAGCUGCCUGCGGAUGAGUUUUUUAUUUUGGAGCGCAGCAGCGACAAUUGCCUUGUGGAGCACUAUUGGACGCAGCAGUUUGAGCUGGUGCAGCAACAACUGCCGUAUUUUUUGAGCCAAGCGCUGGCACAGCAGCUACUCGGCGCGGGCCGAAAUCAACAUUAUGCCCGUCAAUUUCUGGGCCGGCAGCUUGAGCUGACAGUAUCUGAUGCAGAGCUGCGUGAGCAAUUGGCAGCCGCCUGUGCCAGCAGCUAUCGUGAGCUGGAUGAGCAGCCACUCGCUGAGCUUGUCACCGACCUGCAGCUGCAGACAUCCAGAGAGCUGUUGCAGCAGCUGAAGCAAGCGAGUCCACAACCCUUGGAGUUGCUCAGCCGGCUGCAUCAAUAUUGGCUGCUGACAGAUGUGGAAUUUGUGCGCGAAUUGAUCGAGCUGCUGGAGCCGGCGCUAGAGCAGCCCGCUGAAUACUUUAAUCCAAAGCAACUGAACAAAAUGUUGGAGCAGCUGCUCUGCGCCCACAAUGAGAAUCUCUAUGUGGUUAAGGGUGACCACAAGGGCAGCCAGAGCUGGUGCUGCUUCCUCUUACGUUGGCAGCAGCCGGCCCACUGGCUGCCCUUACUGGGCGCGCGCCAGUUGCAAUACGAGAUCAGCUUUGCCUGCCUCUGGCAGCUUCACUAUGCAGACUAUGUGCUCAAUGAGCGGAUAAGGCGACAUCAAGCGCAUUUUUGGGAGCGCAUCAAUUUGGCGCACUCGAAGGAUGCGCGGCAUGUGAGAGAUCGCUUCGAGCAGUUCAGUGACCGGCUGCAGGAGUUUAUGCUACAGCUGCGAAGCUAUAUGCUGCAGGAUGUGCUGGCCAGCGCUUUUGAGCGUCUAUAUUUUGGCUGCAGUACGGCAAAAACUCUGGACGAGCUGCUCGAGCUGCAUGGUGCGUAUCUGGAAAGCAUUGAGUACGGCAUUAUGCAGAGGGGGAAAUGCGGCAAGUUCCAGCACUAUCUGGGCCAGCUCUAUGCGUCCAUUAUUCAUCUGGAUGCAGUGCAGCAAAAGUUUCUAUCACUCGGUCAGCUAUUCAAUCAGCGCUUGGAUAAGCGGGAAUCGGCGCAGCAGCUGCUUCUGGAACUGCGUUGGUCCUGCCAGAAUACAUGCGAUGCCAUUAACGAUUUGGAGCACGAUUUUCAAUUGGUUUUGGCCGAGUUUUUGACUGGCCUUUACGCCACAGGGGAGCCGCAGCUGCAGGUGCUGGCCAAAAAAUUGGAUCGACAUGGGUAUUACGAGCAGCGAUUUAAGGAAUUAAAGGAGGCGCAAACGUUUAAAUUUCAGCGAAAACUAAAAACUAAAAGGAAAUCGCAAUUCGAUUAGCUUAAAACUUAAGCUCAAAAUUUCAUUUUAUUUUAUUGAUUUUUGGUAAUUGAAAAUUUGGUUUUUAUAAUUUUAUAU